CGCCGGCAAUCUCUCUGUGUAACCGCCUGAAUCGCUCAUCUUUGUGAAUUAAGCUUCGACAUGAAGGGUUCUGGUGUUGCAGCUGUAGCGAUGGAGGGUCAUUUUUGUGGAUUUUACUUCAAUUUCUGGUGAAAAUUUGAAGUUUCGAAGCUCAAACUUGCUUUGUGUUUUCUUGUUGUUGUAAUUUGUGUGUAUGCGGCUGUGAAUGUUGUUGUUGGUUUUAAUAGUUCCUUGAGUGGUGUACACAUAUGCUAACUUAGGCUUUUGAAAAGGAAAAAUCCUAGCUCUUUUGGUUCGUUGUUGUACUUUUUAUUUAUUUUUUUGGAAUUGGGGGCACAUGUUAGGGUUUCGAAGUUCAUUCUCGUUUGUUGAGCUGUAAUUUGUUGUUGCUGUCGUUGUUUACAAGAUUGGAGCAUUUGUUGUGUAAUUAUUAGUCAUAAGAUGAAGAUGAAGAGAUUGAGAUCGAGUGACGAUCUUGAUUCGGAUAAUGAGAAGCUCGCCUCCAAAAAGUCGAAUUUGAAUGGGUCCUCGUCUUCACAUCGGAGCUUCUACUAUAAAUCUGAUAAUGCACGGAAGAAUCUGAUGUUUUCAUUGGAAUCCUCAGGCAGGUACGAUCGCAGUGGGGAUGAUGAUCAUCGUCCUAUACGCAAGCGAUCUGAUCAUGAUUUUGAUGGCUUUGAUCGUAGAAAAGGGUUUGAUAGAUACAGCAGUAGCAGUAGAGAUGGGUAUAGUGGAGGUGGUGGAGAUUGGGUAGUUCACCGCUCAAAGAGUUUCUCUGUCCCUAGAAGGGAGUUCCCUAAGGGGUUUAGAUCCGAGAGGGAUCGUUCAAGGCGAGAAGGAAGCGUCUCCUCAUGGCGAAGAUUUGGUUGUGGUGGUAGAGGUUUUGAUAGUAAAGAAUUCAGUGCAGGUAGUAAGGAGUUGGAAGAGAGGGGAGGAGGAAGUAGUGGUGUGAGGUCGCCGCCAAGCUGGUCGAGGGAUUCAGGGAGUGAGCAAUCGAAGGCCGGGGGGUCUGGGAGGGGAAGGGAAAUGGAGGGGAAGGGAAAUGAGAGGGAGAGGGUAAAGGAGAGGUCGCCGACAUGGUCAAAGGAUUCAGGGCGUGAGCAGUCUAGGAGUGUGGAAGUGAAGAAGACUGAAGUAGAGUGGAAGGGUGACAGUGGGAGUAGUAGUGAGAUGGAAGAAGGGGAACUCGAACCAGAACCCAAAUCAUCUUUACAUGUUCGUACUGAUGAUGAAAAUGACAAUGAGAUCAAAGUAAGAAAGGAUGAUGGGUUGGGUGCUGAUCCUAGUGAGGCUGAGGAUGUUCAGAGUGAACUAAGGGUUGAGGAGACUAAUAAAAUUGUGGAAGGCGUAGAGGAAGAGACAAAGGAAGGAGAUGCUUUCAAGAUGAAAGACAUGGCGGAUGAUUGUAAUGAGGUAAAUGAGUUUGAGAAGAACUUACAUGAUGCGUCGGACAGUGGUCGUGAUGAAAUUGGAAUUGCAACCGCUGAUGCUAAAGAACAAGAGGAGGUGGAAGAUAGUUUAAAGGAGAUUAAUGAAUGUAAGGAGGAAGAGAAUUUAAAGAAGCGUAGUGAUUAUCUGGAAGAAACAAGAAAGGAUACAUUUGCCGAUAAAUCAUUUGAUUUGGAGGUGGAAAGUAAGCAAGACAAGGGAAUUGAUCUUCACGUAGAGGUGGAGGAUGUUGAAAUAUCAAAUUCAAAUGAGGGAAAUGCUACAGAGCUUGGUAUUGCUACAGAGCUUGAAGUGAAUACCAAUAUUGCAUCAGAAGGUUCUGAGCAGCAUGCCAAAUACAAAGGCAAAAGAGUGGCUGUCACACCUUCUCGUGUUGUUGAUUAUGUGGAAGACAAUGUAUGGAUAGCAAAAGAAUCAAGAGAUGUUGUACGUUGCGGGGAUGAUGACAUGCAAGGGGCUAGUACAAGGGGAUUUGAAUUGUUUUCUAGCUCACCUGCUCGAAGAUCUGAGAAAGCUCACUCAGCAAUGGAUGUUAAGCAGAAAGAUGACAAGUUAACACUUGAGCCACUUGAACUUUCUCUUAGCUUGCCAAAUGUUUUAUUACCUAUUGGCGCUUCCAGUGGUACAAAUGUGGCUCCCAGUUCCCCUAGUCAUGCGAGGAGUGUUCAGUCCUUAACCAACACAUUUUGUACAAAUUCUGAUGGGUUCACUGCAUCACUGUCCUUUUCAGGUUCUCAGUCAUUUUAUCACAACCCAAGCUGUUCGUUGACUCAGAGUUCAUUGGACUACUAUGAACAAUCAGUUCAUAGCCGCCCCAUAUUUCAGGGAAUUGAUCAACUAUCCCAAGGUGCUUGGCAGGUACCAUCUCAGAAUGAUUCGAGGUCUAAAGAAGUUCCUUUGUAUCAAAGAAUAUUGAUGAACGGUAAUGGCUCUCAUCAACAAUCUCAAACAUUAGACGGUAUUUCAAAUGGUCAGCCUGGGCAGGGAAGCUCUAAGCUGCCCAAUGGACUAGAGAGGCAGUUAAGUUUUAGUAAACAGUUGUCGGGAGGACAACCUAAGUAUCAGGACAAUGCUAAAUCCCCUUCGCACAGUGUUGGAUUUCAUGAAAUUGGCUCCAACUAUAGUUUUGAAAAGAAGAGAUCAGUGAGAGAGAAGCAUAGCGGUAGCUUGUAUAGAACAAGUAGCCAGAAGGAACAAGAGCAAUUUCUUAUUGGCGGGGCUGAUUUUGUGGAGACAAUCAUUAGCAGGAUAGUUUCUGAACCUGUUCACUUGAUGGCAAGAAAGUUUCAUGAAAUGACGGGACAAACCGUGUCAUGUUUAAAAGAGAGCAUUCGUGAAAUCAUGUUUUGUGCGGAGAAGCUCGAACAACUAGAUGCAGUUCAGAAUGCCCUGCAGAACAGAUCUGACUUAACCUUGGAUAUGUUAUUAAAAUCCCACCGUGCACAAUUGGAAAUCUUGGUUGCUCUGAAAACUGGUCUACCCGAGUAUCUUCAGCUAGACAGUGGUGUUUCAUCUUCUGAUAUAGCUGAGAUCUUUCUCGACUUAAAAUGCAAAAAUCAAUCUUGUCAGAAUCCUUUGCCCGUGGAUGAAUGUGAUUGCAAAGUUUGUGUGAAGAAAAAUGGCUUUUGCAGUGCUUGUAUGUGUCUUGUUUGUUCAAAGUUUGACAUGGCAUCUAACACAUGUAGUUGGGUUGGGUGUGAUGUCUGUCUACAUUGGUGCCAUGCGGACUGUGCACUGCGGGAGUCUUUUAUUAGAAAUGGGCGGAGUGCAACUGGGGCUCAAGGGACGACUGAGAUGCAGUUCCACUGCGUAGCUUGUGAUCAUCCUUCUGAAAUGUUUGGUUUUGUAAAGGAGGUUUUUAUAAAUUUUUCCAAGGAUUGGACUAUGGAAAAAUUUUAUAAGGAACUUGAAUGUGUGAAGAGGAUUUUCUGUGGAAGCAAGGAUGUGAGAGGUCAACGGCUGCAUGAAAUUGCUCACCACAUUGUGGCAAGAUUGUUUGCUAAUAAGUCUGAUCUUCCUGAGGUUUAUAGUCAUAUCAUGAGUUUCCUGACUGAAACUGAUUCUUCAAAGUUCAAGGAUACAGCAUGCUCCUUGAAAGAACAAAGGAAAGCGAGUACUUGGAUUGCAAUGCCCAGCCAGGACUCUGCCUGGCUUAAAUCUGUUCAUAUGGAAAAAGCACCUAGGUUGGAACGAUCGGACAGCCUAAUUCAUAGCCACCGUGAUGACAGGAAUGAAAAGCGAGCUCUAGAGUCGGAGUUGAUGAGAAGCACCCAAAAGGAGCCAGUUUUUGAUGAACUGGAGAGCAUUGUGAGAAUGAAACAAGCGGAGGCUAAAAUGGUCCAAGCACGUGCUGAUGAUGCGAGAAGAGAAGCGGAGGGCUUGAAAUGUAUUGCAAUUGCAAAGAAUGAAAAGAUAGAGGAAGAGUAUACAAGUAAAAUUACAAAAUUGCGUCUGGCCGAGUCUGAGGAAUUGCGUAAACAGAAAUUUGAGGAAUUUCAAGCUUUGGAAAGAGCACAUCGAGAAUACUUCAAUAUGAAGAUGAGAAUGGAAGCAGGUAUCAAAGAUCUAUUAAUGAAAAUGGAAGCUACUAAACAGAAUUUCGCAAUGUGAUUGGCUGAUCAUCUGAGUCCUUGAUUAAAAUGUUCUUCAUGACAGGUAGCCCUUAGUGUACUAUAGCUCGUUCGUUCCUGUUUGUUGUAGCGCGUUAAUAUAGGUAUUUCUAUCGUUAUAGUUUCUGUCUUCCGUUUCCUCGUGUGCUACUGACCUGAAAUCUGUACAGAGACUAAAAAACUAUGUUUAUGUUACAAACAGGUUCCAUUAAUGAAAGCCAUUUGAAAUUU